CGAUUAGCUAUUCCGCAGUGAAGCGUCCCCAGUUUCAAGAUGGACGAUUGCAACCUUGACAAGUUGGGUGUAAAACCUGGGAAACUCGAACCUGCAUUUAAGCGAGACAUUACUGAAUACAACAUUAUUGUUGCUAGCGAUGUCGAGAAGCUAUCGUUUGACCCUCUCACAAGCGACACAGGUGCAUCGUAUUCGAUUUCGGGUGGGGAAGGUGGAAAGCAAGUGCCCCUCCCCGAAGGAGCUGUGACCGACAUUAAGAUUGAAGUUACUGCUGAAGAUGGAACAACCAAGAAAUAUUUCAUUCAUGCAAGGAGACUGUCAGCUAAAGAUGCCACUCUCAGCACCCUCAAACUUAGCAUUGGAAAACUUGACCCUGAAUUUUCAGCAAAUAUUACAGAAUAUUCCAGUCUGCUUCCAUGUAACAUAACAAGUCUAACAGUGACCCCCACUGCCCCUGACACAAAGAAUGCGAUCACUGUCUGCGGGGAGAAGCCAGGAUCUCCAACCCCCCUCAGUGUAGGCGAGACACAGAUUCCUAUAGAAGUCACAUCAGCUGAUGGUUCCAACAAGCAGACAUACACAGUUACGGUGAUGAAGAAGCAACUUCCCCGCUACGUGAAACUGACGGAUCCCCAGAUGGCUCUGCAGUAUGAAUGUCCCAUCUCACUCAACCCUCUCUAUCGACCAAUCACCAUCAAGAACAGUGACCCAAGGCACACAUUCUCCGCACCGCUUAUAGACGAGUACACAAAGACCUCCAAGUUUGACCUCCUGAACAGCAUGCCCCUGGGCCCCGACUGGAGGGUGACAGACCACCCUCUGGAUAGUAAACUGUCCACCCUCACGGGGUGCAUCCCUCUUACUUAUGGAGGGGCUUCUGAGGUCGUGAAGUACGGGGAACUUGGUGCCAGUGUUGGAAAGUGCAAUGUGACACCCAAAACGGAGGACUUGACUGAUCGAUUCAAAGGGACCACAGUCACCAUGACCCACACAGUAGAGGUACGUAAGUGGGAGAAAGGCCUGCAGCAGAUAUUUGACGAGACCGACGUAAAAGAACUGGUAAAGAAUGCCAAAGCUGAAGUGGAGAACUACUUUCAAAGUUUACCAAAACCUGGUGAGUCAAAGCAAUAUGAUGAAGACGAAUCUCCAGUAGAUUUCCUCAACCGAGCAUCAUAUAACUAUGCUACUGCAAUUAAGUUCAAGCCCAAAGAUCCUGACCUUCACCUUCAACUUGGGAUGGUAUUGGAGGAGAGGUAUUAUGCUGAGGAUUUGUUCGGAUUCAAAAAGGAACAGGAUAGUUCCGACAUUCCUUCCUUCAACGUGCAGGCUAAGGAGAGUUCCAAAGAAGAGGAGGCCCUGGCCAUAGCCAAGCUGAGAGGGGUGGAUGCCACAGCUCCUAUAUCACUGCAACUGAAGGCAAUAGAUGAGGAAUACCAUCACUUGAUAGACUCAGGGCAGAGCGGCAAGGCUGAUCAUGUCAUGGAGCUGUAUGCAUGGUACUCCAAGAAAGCAUCUCAGGAAGGAGCUGCUGCCCUGAAGGCGGGCAAUGACAGGAAUCCCCUUGGGCAGGCCUACAUGAAAUACCUGGACGCCAUGACACUGGACGAGACCAAGGCUGUGUUCAACUUCCAUGUGGGUCGGCUGCUGGUCGUCCAGGGAAAUUAUGAAGAUGCUGUCAAGCGUCUUGAAGUCACACUCAACUGGAAUGCAAAGCAUCAGCUGGCAAAGAUAUACUUGGGUCUAGCCCUGGCACUGCAGAAGGGAGGUCCAGGAUCUCGGGCCAAGGAAGCUAUCACAUAUCUUCAGGAGGCCGUGGAGACGUUGCUCACAGAAAACUCAAAGUUUGCCUUGUCAGAUGAGGAGAAUAUUGUGUUGGGCAGCCUUCAUGCAGAGAAUCUUAUCCGACUGACCAAUGUCCACCUGCUGCGAGCUGUGAUUCAGUUGGGCCGACUUCUCACCGCCAACCCAGACGUGAAGGACACCCUCUCAGCACAGGAUGUGUUUCAUAAUGCUGCCCUCCUAUCAUCACAAGUUCUGCCAACACUCUGUCGAGGAGAUACCUACAAACAGGUGGAGUGGGUUCUCCUUGAUGCUCACUCCCUUCUCCUCCGGUCUGCCAGUCAGAGUGGACAAGAGAGUGUCAUCGCCCAGCGCUGUGAGAGGCUGUCCGCUCUCAUCGUCCACUCCACCAUCCCCCAGAAUUCGGAGCUCCUGAACCUUCAGGAAAGGACCUGUCAGCAGCUGGUACAGAUCCAGCCAUGCAGCAGCCCAGCUCUCUACAUCCUCGGGGCAGCACAACUUGCCAAGUUCGAGAACAGCCCCCCUGGAGAAGCUGCCAACAAGCUGCUGGAGGAUGCCAAGGCUUCCUUCAAGUCCUGCAUGGAGCUGGAGGGGAAGCCGGCCUCGGGGGAACCUGGGGAGAUGUUGACAGGUCAGCAGUGGUGGCAGGAGAAGCUGAAGGCAGAGGAAGAAAGGAGGAAGGCAGCGCAACCCAAGACUGAAGCAAAGCCUGCAGCUGGAGGUGCGAGAGGAGGCACUAGGGGAGGGGCAGCAGGGAGGGGGGCACCUGCAGCUCGGGGCAGAGGAGCUGCAACCAGGGGAGGAGCUGCUGCUAGUCGUGGAGCUGGAGCACGAGGGGCCAGCACAGCACCUGGUCGGGGUGCAGCUCGAGGGGCACCUGCAGGAAGGGGUGCACCGGCAGCUAAGGCAGGGGCCCCUGCAGCCAAGUCAGGGUCAUCAGGUACACUGAAACCUGCUGCAUCCAAGUCUGGCCAUGAUACCUGUGUCACUAACUCUACAGCCCCAGCCUCCACAGUGAAGCCAGCACCACCUACAGCAGACAGUCCAGCCCCUAAACCUGCACCCUCCAACGCCAAGUCUGCCCCCAUCAACGGGAAGAUGUAUCAUCCUCGUCUGGGGCUGGCACGGGCGUUGCGGGCAAGUGGUGACACACAGGAGGCGCAGAAGUACUACACUGAAGUCAUCUCAGUGGCCCCGGGGGUACAUGAUGCAUAUAUUGAGAGUGCCGAGAUGCUCACAAAGACUGACCCCCUGGCUGCUGUCGACAUCUUUGCCAAGUUUCCAGUCCCCGACGAACCAUCAUUCGAUGAUGCCUACAUCUUCGGAGAGAUUGUACGCCUGCUGAUGAAGAACGAGAAGUAUGAUGACCCUCGUCUGGCCCCCAACAUGAUAGUGUAUGGACAUAUCCUGGGUUUAGGGUCUCUGGAGAAGUAUGUCAACAAGCUGGAGGAGCUGUUCAAGGCGGAGCUCCUCAAGACCGUCUAUGCUGGCGUCAACAGGAAGGAAGUUGACGACCCUGACCUUCAGGCAUUCUUCAAGUUCAAAUGUUGGAUCUAGAUUAUCAUUGGUGAAAAUAAUGUUCAUAGAUUUCUCCGCUAUGCCUACAGUUGUCAUCAGAUACUUAUUAAUCUUUCAGUAUUACAUUGAAUAGAAGUAUGUCAUCUACAAUGUCAAAAGUUCUGAAUACAUUUUCUGAACUGCAUUCUGAGUAUCAAACGCUUCUUUAUACCAUUUUCCAAUCCAGGUUAUUCCAAGUGUGUUGUUGCCAAGUCAUGCAAUAUCAUAAUAUGUCAAAAUGAGCUGAUUUUAGGGGUCAGCUUGUGCCUAUAUGCUUCCUUGUGUUCUAUUAACAGUAGCCUCCCUUGAAUUAAAAUCUUCCUCUGACCAGACAGAAACAAAACACUUUCGGACUGUUGCAUCUCACAUAAACAGAUGUUGCCAAGGAACAUAAUUUGUGAAGCAUCUCUUCUCUACACAAGUCUUCCGUAUCAACACUUGCCCUAUUGGAAGUUGACAGAAAAGUAUUAUCCCAUUUUGGUGUUAAAACCCCAUCAUCUGAAAAAAUGAUGGGCAAAGAGAUUAAGUUUGGGGAAAAGGGUCAUCAAUGAUUUGAAUUCAACAAAAUACAAACUGUUAACUUCAUUAUAGAGAACAGCUCCAAUUGAAAUACUCAUGAAAAAUAGGUAACGAUGUUCACGCCAAAUAUGAUAGAAACACUGAUAGAUUGGACCAGUUUAUCUUAACUCCUAUUUCCAGUUGUCAAGUAUUAACGUCUGGUUAUUUUCUCUGUACACCAGUAUGAUCGACUGAUAUGACCAACAGUAUUAAUGUAACUAUUAUUUCUUGCUUCUUUUGCAUAUUGAUGAUCAGUAACGUCAGUGUAUACAAAAAGCCAUUCAUUGUAAUUUGUUGCUAGGCGAUUGGUCAUUUAUGACAAGGCGAGGUGUUGCAAAAAUUUAUCAAUACUGUAAAGGGAGCGAGGUUUCUGAUUUAAAUUGGUUUUUUUUAUAAAAAAAUACUAUUUAAACAGAUUUCUCCCCCUCCACUCCCCAUUAAUGACCCGUCCCUAGGCUACUUGAAGUAUUCAAGUUCUAGAAAUCAUGAAUAUUCAAACUGUCUUAUAUUUGCAAAUAACUCUCUCCCUGCUCACACUUCCCUGCUGAAUGUACUUCCUGGUUUCACGUAGCUGUGUGUGUAAUCAACGUGUGAUUGUCUCAUUGAUACAUCUGUCAUACUUAACUGCCAUGAUUGCCAAGACAUUUAUCCCUCUUGUCAAACGCUCCAUCCAUGUAUUUAUGCUGAAGCUAUAUUGUGUGUAUGAAUUAGGCAAAAUGUAGUUGAAUCAAUAUGUGUCUUAAACUCAAAGGUGAUGAACAAAACCCUUUCAGACACAUCCUCAUGUAUGUGCGCAUGACAAGAUAAAUGAAUCUCUGUGAGGACAACGUCCUGUCGACACAAGGAAGACACCUCAACUUGAUGAAACAUCGGAUGUGUUCAAGAUGAGGAUGGGUUUUUGUUGGGUACUUCUUCCCUGUUCCUUCCGCCAGGUACAUCAAACAAGCUCCAAAACAGAAAUAUCCACCCUGCAAGUCUAUAGUAAUUCGUUACGUCUAGAUUCUGUUCAGAAAAUAAUAUAUUCUAGAGGAUCCUUUGUGUUAUAUGUUAAAAAACAAUUUCACCAUUUUUUUUAAAACAUUUUUAUUUCAGGGGUUAAUAAUUUGUCUAUCCACCUGCUUGUGUGUACAGGUGUCUUUCACACGUGGGUCACUGGGAUCCAUUUAUUGUUAUAUUUACAUUUUGUUUAAUGUUUAUAUUGAGCAAAGAACAUUACAAAUAUAUUUUAUUUGCUUUUUUGCAUUGUGAUAAUACUUGGAGCUGUGAUAAUGUGAAGAAAAUACAAUAAAUCUUCUUUUGGUA